UUGUAUUGGUUAUCCAAGAGAGGAACGGAAGAAAGGGAAAAGGAGAAAGCACAGGACACAACUUUACCUUUUUCAUUCCUUAUUCUUCUUUCUUCUUCUCCCUUCAUCUUGUAUAAAAGGAGCACAUAAAAAAGUCUUCUGUUUCUUUAACAGCUGCAGGGUCUCUCAUUUUCUAUAUAUGCUGAGAGAUCCAUAAACAUCUAGCAUUAGGCCACAAUCUUAAUUACUGCCCUCUGUUGCUCUUCAAGCAGGGUGCAGCAAUUUUGAACAUACUUUAUCAGGUAACAUUCAUCCAAGUUCAUAGCUGCAAAAUCAAAACAUUUAGCAUCUUGAGAAAAUUAGGAAACAUCAACCAUGCCUCCAAGUUCAAUCAGAAGAGCCCUUGGGGCAGUGAAAGAUCAAACAAGCAUAGGCCUAGCCAAGGUGGGAAGCAGCACCUCACUUGCUGACCUUGAUGUGGCCAUUGUGAAGGCCACGAGGCACGACGAAUACCCAGCUGAAGAAAAGUACAUAAGGGAGAUUCUCAGCUUAACAAGUUACUCAAGAGCAUUCAUCAGCUCAUGUGUUAAUACCCUCUCAAGGCGUCUGAGCAAGACAAAAAGCUGGACAGUGGCUUUGAAAACUCUUGUGUUGAUUCAAAGGCUGUUGGCAGAGGGUGAUCCUGCAUAUGAGCAGGAGAUAUUCUUCUCAACUCGACGCGGGACUCGCCUCCUCAACAUGUCUGAUUUUCGUGACAACUCUAAAACUGGUGCAUGGGACUUCUCUGCAUUUGUGCGCACGUAUUCUUUGUAUCUAGACGAAAGGCUCGAGUACAAGAUGCAAAGCCGGCGUGGAAAACGUGGCGUGGUUGCUUAUGAUGAAGAUGAUGAGGAAAGAGAUAGAGAAAAAGAAAGAGAAAACAAGGAGAAAGAAAUCGUUAUAAGAUCCACUCCAGUGCGUGACAUGAAGUUAGAGCAAAUAUUUUCCAAAAUGCAGCAUUUGCAGUUGCUGCUUGAGCGCUUUCUAGCUUGCCGUCCUACAGGGGGAGCAAAGAACCAUCGGAUUGUGAUAGUGGCUCUUUACCCGGUUGUGAAGGAGAGUUUUCUAACAUAUUAUGAAAUAUCAGAAAUAUUGAGUACCUUAAUUGACCGUUUCCCUGACAUGGAGGUCUCAGACUGUGUUAAGGUGUAUGACAUCUUUUGCCGUGUUGGGAAGCAGUACGACGAACUAGACCUCUUCUAUGGAUGGUCCAAGGGUAUUGGAAUCGCGCGCUCUUCUGAGUAUCCAGAGAUUGAAAAGGUCACGCCAAAGAAGCUAGAGGUGAUGGAAGAGUUCAUCAAAGACAAGUCCAUAUUAGCACAAAACAAGAAAGCCGGUGAACAAGAGGAGGAGAAUAAAGAAGAGGAAGAAGCUACGGAACCGGAACCUGAACCGGAAGAGGAUAUGAACGCAAUCAAGGCACUGCCAGCACCAGAGGAAGAGCCAGAAGAAGAAGUGGAGGAAGAGCCGGUGGAAGAAGAGGUAAAAGAGGAAAAAGUGGUGCAGACAGAAGGUGACUUGUUGAAUUUAGGAGACGAUAACGUGACAAGUGAGGAACACGGAGAUAAACUAGCCUUGGCUUUGUUUGAUGGAGCAGCACCAUCAACAGGUGAAACAAAAGCACUUCCAUGGCAUGCUUUUGAUGAAAGUGCAGAUUGGGAAACAGCACUGGUGCAAUCAGCAAGCAACUUAACAAACCAGAAACCUGCAUUAGGGGGUGGGUUUGAUACAUUGUUGUUGGAUGGAAUGUAUAAACAAGCAGAAGUGAGUUCAGCCAUGCAAGGAGCAGCGGGGUAUGGGGUGAGUGGAAGUGCAAGCAGUGUGGCGCUUGGUUCAGCUGGAAGGCCUGCAAUGCUAGCAUUGCCAGCACCACCAACAUCAGGAAGUGACUCAACAAGUUCAUCAGGGAACUAUGUGGAUCCAUUUGCAGCUUCAUUGGCUGUUGCACCUCCACCUUAUGUGCAGAUGUCAGAGAUGGAGAAGAAACAGAGGUUGUUAGUUGAAGAACAGCUCAUGUGGCAGCAAUACUCAAAGGAUCGCAUGCAAGGAUCGCAACAAUACUCACAGCAACAACAACCUGGUAAUAAUUCUUACACUGGAGGGCAUCCACAGAACUAUGGCAAUUAUUAUCGUUGAGUAGGACAAGUUUUUCUUUAGUUGGGAUCCAAUCCCCUACUGGUUUUCCUCGUUCUGAGGGGCAGUAAAUUUUAUCCAGCCUCUUUAGGAACACUUGUUUUCAAUCUUUUGUUAGGAAUACAGGUGACGCCAUACAUUUGGGAUUAAAAAUGUCAUGAUCACAAACAAAACAGAAGCCCAUUUGUAUUGUUUUGUAA